CCGCCAUUUUCCGGGAAACGCCGACACACCACAAGGCGAAUACGUAAUCUUUGCCGGAAAACGCCAAUAAACAAGGAAGUUUGAGAGAAAUGCAGUCCGUUCUGGCCUCCAUGCGCGCCCUGGCCCUGCGGCCGCCGGCGGCGGAGACCCUCCGGCUGCUGCACCUGUCCGCUGUGAGCGAGGCGGCCCGCAAGGGCACCCGGGAGAAGGCCCGCAAGAAGAAGGUGAAGGUGGAGGUCAAGAAGGUGGGCUUCAUCCCGCACAACCAGCGCAACAAGAAGGUCAACGUGAAGCGGGCGGACAGGCACGUGGACGACUCCUGGAAGCAGGUGCCGAAGGACGACUGCUAUGUGGGUCGCUACUACCGCUGGCCGGUGUACUCCGUGGCGGAGGCCAUCCAGUGCCACCGGGAGACCCACCACCCCAGCAUGUACAACGUGCCCAGGGCCCCUCUGAACGUGGACAUCGAGCUGGACAUGCAGGCCGAGAAGACCACCCGGUUCGUGGACAACUUUCAGCGCAUGGCCAUGAUUCCGCACAGGUUUGAGCACGGGGAGGAGCGCAAGAUCAUAGUCUUCACCAAAGGAAACAGCGAGGUCCUGGAGGCGCGGGAAGCGGGCGCGUCCCUCGUGGGCGGCGUGGAACUGAUCAAGGACAUAACCGGCGGCGAGCUGCUGCUCUCCGACUACCAGUACGUCAUUGCUCACCCCAACAUCCUGGCCGAACUCGUGGCCCUGCGCGGCCUGAUGAAGCGCAAGUUCCCGAACCCCAAGAGCGAGACGCUGGGCACCAACCUCGCCGAGAUGAUCGUCAAGUUCUCCAGCGGCAUCAGCUACAGCGCCUCGAAGGACGAGUACCAGCAGAACUUCGGCCUGAUAACUGCCUGCGUGGGAACCCUGGACAUGGACGCCGGGAAGCUGGAGGAGAACAUCCAGCACCUGCUGCAGGACGUCAACACGAUGAGGCCCAAGCGCGAGGGGCGCUUCAUCACCCGCGUUCUGCUCAAGAGCCCGCCCAGCAGCGAGCAGCUGAAGAUCGACCCCUUUGUCUAUGUGCCGGAGAUGUGGGACAAGAGCUCGGCGAAGGUGAAAAGGGAGGGAGCCAGGAAGCAGCCAGAGCCGGCGGAGGAGCCCCACGAGGCCGUGGCCACCAACUAGUUGUCAUACAUGUGUAUUCUUGUUCAUGGAUCGCUUGUGCAUACUUUAAACCUACAUCUCCUAGA